GUUGAAAAGGUUAGUUUAAACGAAAGAAACACUACUUUCCCAACUCUAUCCCUAAAGCCACAACGCCGGCAAGUUCUUCCCUCAUCCUUCGAUCGCUACAUUUACAGAAACUGAUUCUUAAUCUGAUAAACUCUUCUUCACCAUCCUCUAGCCAUGAAAUCCGAUAGAGUCAGCGAAUUGCCAGAUCCUUUGCUAACUCAGAUACUCUCCAACCUUCCGAUCAUCGAUUCCGUCAAAACAAGCGCUCUAUCGAAGAGAUGGGAGUCUCUCUGGCUAAACGUCUCGACACUCGACCUAAACGACAGAGACAUCGCUCCACCUUACAAGAAACUAUUCGCGAGCUUCAUCGAUUCCUUUCUCGAGCACAACUUCGAGUCGCGCUUCCAAAAGCUCAAGAUCAAGUACGACGAAUGCAACGUGAAUCUCUUCCCGAUCAGCGAGUGGAUCACCACAGCCGUUGAUCUUCGCGGGAUCCAGCAUCUCGAUGUCGAGAUUCAGAAUCCGAUGUAUGUAAUUGAUUUCACGCCUGCGAGUGUUUACAAGAGCAGAACACUGGUGUCAUUGAAACUUAGGCACGUGAGGGUUAGGAAUCUGUUCGAGGUCGACGUUGUUUCUCUGCCGUGUCUUAAGAUCAUGUGUCUAGAGAACGUUUGUUACGGUAAAGAAGGUGCUUUGUCUGUGGAGAAGCUUAUCUCUGGUUGUCCCGUUCUUGAAGAUCUUGAUUUGGUGAGGAAGUGUAAUGAUCUUGUGAAGACUCUGCGUGUGAGGUCUCAGAGUUUGAAGAUGUUUCGUUUAGAUUUUCGUUCGGGGAUGGGCGGUGGUGAUGAGUAUGAGGUUGAGGUUGAUGCUCCAGGGCUUGAGUAUAUGAGUUUUAAAGAUAGUCAGUCCGAUAGGAUUGUGGUGAAGAACUUGAGCUCAUUGGUGAAGAUUGAUGUCGAUAGUGAAUUUAAUGUUAAGUUUGGUGACAGUGAGGAUCUUACAAAGAGUGAUACUAUCCGUGAUUUUCUCACGGGGGUUUCUACUGUAAGACAGAUGAUCAUCUCUGAGCCCACUCUAGAGAUCCUGUAUCGUUAUUCGAAACUGCUACCGGUUGCUGAAUUUCAGAGAUUAUAUCAUUUGCAGGCUGCGUUUUCAAGCUCAUCGUUACAGUUAUUGCCAGCAUUUCUUGAGAGCUGCCCGAAUCUGAAAAGCCUAGUCUUGGACUUCUCUGUUUCAACGGAGUCAGAGCAGAUCAACCUUACCAAUGUGCCUCGUUGUUUAACAUCGACUUUGGAGUGUGUUGAGAUUAACAAACUGAUUACGAAGGAAGAAACUGGGAUAAAACUAGUUAAUUACUUUCUUGAGAAUGCAGCAGUGCUCAAGAAACUUUCUGUGAGUUUCACUGAUUCUGCUAUGCCCGAUGAGGAUUUAGAUACCUACAAGGAGCUUCUCACAUCUACAAAGCGUUCUCGCAUAUGUCAAGUUUCCAUCAGCUGAUGAUGCUGGUGGGCAGAUGAGCAUUUGUCAUUCUUUCUGAAAAUAAGUGACUAAAAGUUGUAAUAAUGAAAAAUGUUAAGUAAAUCGCAGUUACCUAGUCUCUCGUAGGUUUCUGGACAUUUUGAUGAGUAAAUCACACUCUUGUUCUUACUAGUUAUAUAGUAUUUUCUGUCUUUUUCAAAUUUGAUGAUCUUCAUUCUGUUUUGGAUUCUUCACCA